UUGACACAAAAGGUCAAUCUGUGACCCAGGAACCCGGGAACCAAGAUGGCGGACGAUCAGACGAUGAUAAUUUUGAUCGCGAUCGCCGCACUUUUACUCCUUCUGGCGCUCACGAUAUUCUUCUUCCUCGUGCAAUGUGGACUUUUCCACACGGUGGACGUCCGUGCGGGAACCCCGCCCAUCGAGAACGUGACGGUCAUGUACAAGUACCGGCAGGGGCCGUAUAAAGAUGCCGGGGACUUCUUCACCGACACGAUAGAACUCGCCCCGACCAAAAGGACGUUCGGGGUUUAUUAUGAUGAUCCCAAGCAGGUUGAGGCUGAGGAGUGUCGCUACAUUGUGGGCUGUAUCGUCAGUGAGGGGAAGGAGGCAGCAGACAAGGGUCUGAUGGACCAGAUGAAGGCAGAAGGUUACAGGUCCUUCAGGUUCCCUGCUGUUACUCAUGCUGUCAAGACUGAGUUCCCCUUCGCCAACCAUGUGUCCAUUCUCAUAGCCACCACCAGGGUCUACCCACAGCUGGCUGCUUACAUCAAGGAACACCACCUGUGUGCUCACCCAUGUCUGGAGAUCUACGAUGAAAACUACAUCCACUUCAUGGCUCCGCUGGCCAAACAGAUCCAGUUCUACGUGCCUGAGGUGAGGAGUGGAUCACCCACCCUGUCCCUGGCUGAGACCACCAGUCCUGAGGACAGUCAGAGUGAUGGGGAGGGGGACACCUCCUACAUGUCAGGGGACACUUCUUACAACACCACCCUGGACUCAAGGGACUUCAGCACUCAGGAUAUCCGAGAGGAGAUGGGGAAAGGCGAAGGAUCAGAGGAGUCAUCGUUUGAAGAGUUAGAAGUGGAAGAGGACAUGAAGGAGUGACCUCAGGAGCUGUUAUCAGAAGCUGUAUAGAAUGCCUGUGCAAGGAUGUCUAACACAGUAGUCUGUUUUGUCAUUAGGGCAUGUUGAAUUGAUUGUAUGGAUGACAUCCACAUAUGCAUGAAUUU